AUGGCUUCCGACGCGUCGCAGAAGAUCGCCAUCAUCAGCGUCUUCAACAAGACCGGCCUUCUCGAUCUGACCAAGGGUCUCGUCAAGAACAAUGUGAGGGUCCUGGCCUCCGGCGGCACCGCCAAGAUGAUCAGGGAGGGUGGCUUCCCUGUCGAGGACAUCUCCGCCAUCACCAAGGCCCCCGAGAUGCUGGGCGGCCGCGUCAAGACGCUGCACCCGGCUGUCCACGGCGGCCUUCUCGCCCGUGAGGUCCCUUCGGACCAACAGGACCUUGCCGACCAGAACAUCAAGAAGAUUGACUUCUGCAUCUGCAAUCUCUACCCCUUCCAGGAGACCGUUUCCAAGAUCAACGUAACCAUCCCCGAGGCUGUCGAGGACAUCGACAUUGGCGGCGUCACCCUGCUCCGUGCUGCCGCCAAGAAUCACAGCAGGGUCACCAUCCUGUCCGACCCGGAGGACUACCACGACUUCCUCACCGAGCUCGAGCAGAAGGGUGAGAUUUCCGAGCAGAAGAGGCAACUUUACGCUCUGAAGGCCUUCUCCCACACUGCCGACUACGACACUGCCAUCUCCGACUUCUUCCGUAAGCAGUACGCUGGCGAUGGCACUCAGCUUGCCUCCCUGCGCUAUGGUACCAAUCCCCACCAGAAGCCCGCCGCUGCCUUCGUCCGUGAUGGCCACCUUCCUUUCAAGGUCCUCGGCGGUGCUCCUGGUUAUGUCAACCUUCUUGAUGCCCUGAACGCCUGGCCGCUGGUAAAGGAGCUUAAGAACGCUCUGAACCUCCCAGCUGCUGCUUCCUUUAAGCACGUCUCUCCUGCUGGUGCUUCCAUCGGCGUUCCGCUUUCUGAGGCCGAGAGGAAGGUGUACAUGGUCGAUGACAUUGAGGGAAUCGAGAAGUCCGGCCUCGCUCAGGCUUACGCUAGGGCUCGUGGUGCCGACCGCAUGUCCAGCUUCGGCGACAUGAUCGCUCUCUCUGAUGAGGUCGACAUCCCUACUGCUAAAAUCAUCUCCCGCGAGGUUUCUGACGGUGUCAUUGCCCCCGGCUAUCAGCCUGAAGCUCUUGAGAUUCUCAAGAAGAAGAAGGGCGGCAAGUACCUUGUUCUCCAGAUGAACCCUGAGUUUGAGCCUCCGGCGAUGGAGACUCGCACCGUCUACGGCAUCAACCUUACGCAGCACCGCAACGAUGCCAAGGUCACGCCUACCACCUUCAGCACCAUCAUCACCCCCAAGGAUGGCAGCCUUCCCGAAUCGGCUCUUCGUGACCUUACCGUUGCUACCAUUGCUCUCAAGUACACUCAGUCCAACUCGGUCUGCUACGCUCUUAAUGGUCAGGUCGUUGGUCUCGGUGCCGGCCAGCAGAGCCGCAUCCACUGCACUCGUCUUGCUGGCGACAAGGCUGACAACUGGUGGAUGCGUUUCCAUGAGCGUACCCUCAACCUCAAGUUCAAGAAGGGCACCAAGCGUCCCGACAAGAGCAACGCCAUCGAUCUGCUCUGCAGCGGCUCCGUUCCCGAGUCGGGUCCUGAGCGCGAGGAUUUCGAAGGCUUCUUUGAGGAGGUUCCUAAGCCUUUCACCAAGGAGGAGAGGGCUGAGUGGCUUUCCAAGCUCAGCGAGGUUGCUGUCAGCAGUGACGCUUUCUUCCCCUUCAUCGAUAACGUCUACCGUGCCGCCCGCACUGGAGUCAAGUACAUUGCCGCCCCCAGCGGUUCGCAGAACGACCAAUUCGUCUUCUCAACCGCUGAGAAGCUCGGCAUCACCUUCGUCGAGCAGCACAUCCGCCUGUUCCACCACUAA